UGGUCCGCGGGGCGAAUGUGGUCCGCAUGCAAUGUGAAAGUUCGCGACUGCUGGGCCGUCACUUCCGUUACUCUGAGACGGUGCUUGAAAUUGGGGGCGGCCAUGGCAAAGAGCAAGUUCGAGUACGUGCGGAACUUCGAGGCUGACGACACCUGCCUGGCCCACUGUUGGGUGGUGGUGCGGCUGGACGGCAGGAAUUUCCAUCGGUUUGCUGAGAAACACAACUUUGCAAAACCUAAUGACAGCCGUGCUCUCCACCUGAUGACCAAAUGUGCCCAGACUGUAAUGACAGAACUGGAGGAUAUUGUGAUUGCGUAUGGACAGAGUGAUGAGUACAGCUUUGUGUUCAAGCGGAAAAGCAAUUGGUUUAAAAGAAGAGCUAGUAAGUUCAUGACCCAUGUGGCUUCCCAGUUUGCCUCCAGCUAUGUGUUUUAUUGGCGAGAUUACUUUGAGGACCAGCCCCUUCUGUAUCCCCCAGGCUUUGAUGGAAGAGUCAUAGUGUAUCCUAACAACCAGACCUUAAAGGACUACCUCAGUUGGCGGCAAGCAGAUUGUCACGUCAAUAAUCUUUAUAAUACAGUUUUCUGGGCACUUGUACAACAGUCUGGACUAACACCAGUACAAGCCCAAGAGAGAUUACAGGGAACUCUUGCAGCAGACAAGAAUGAGAUUUUGUUUUCUGAAUUCAACAUCAACUACAAUAAUGAGCCACUGAUGUAUAGGAAAGGGACUGUGUUGAUAUGGCAGAAGGUGGGUGAAGUCACAACAAAAGAAGUCAAGCUGCCAGCAGAAAUAGAAGGAAAAAAGAUGGCGGUGACUCGGACCAGGAUUAAGCCAGUGCCUUUAUAUUGCGAUAUUAUUGGGGAUGCUUUCUGGAAGGAACAUCCAGAGAUCCUAGAUGAAGACAGCUGAUCCUUUGCUUUUCAGUCCUGGCAUGGUUAACCAUGCAAGACCC